AUGAACGAGGACGAAAAGAAAAUUCAAGACAUCCACAGGAAGAUUGAGCGCGAAAAGAACAUCAUAAAUGCCGCCCAGGCCAUGCGCUCGCAGACCACCAAUGAGGCUGUUCGCUCCAGACUAGACACCCAACUCAGAGAUGGGCGGCGUAACCUGCAAUUCUUCGAGGAGAAGCUCCGAGACAUUCAGAUGAGGCAGGCAAAUCAAGGCGUGGAAUCCAUGUCUCUUGGCACCGGUGAUGGCCCAGAAAACCGUGGCCCUCCUCCAGCUCCUCCCCCAAAGGACUCCUCGGCAGCAUGGGGAGGAGCUCAGGGCGGCUAUGGUGAUGCUCAGUACAGCCAAAUCGGCCAACAUGGAGAUUUGAUGCCUCCUCGCCACCCGUAUGCUCCUCCUGGACCAGGAUCUGGCAUGCCGAAACCCAGGCCAAACUUUACAAAGCUAGACCUCAUAAAAUACGACAGUCCACACCUUGGGCCGCGUAUCCAGCUCAUGCUUUCCCAGAUCCAGUUCAAGCUCAACGUGGAGGAGCAGUAUUUGAAGGGCGUCGAAAAGAUGGUCCAGCUGUACGGAAUGGAAGGCGACAGGCGAAGCAAAGCCGUCGCAGCCGGUCGUAGAGUGGAAAGCAAGCAGAAGAUCGUUCUGUUGAAACAGGCGCUGAAGAGGUACGAAGAGUUGCAUAUCGACAUGGAUUCUGCAGAUGCCCAAGAUGACGACUCCAUCAACACCCCCAAUCUCCGUAAACCCCUGAGUGGGCAACUUUCUAUUCGUGUCAUGGCUGUCAAGGAGGUAGAUCAUACCGCCACGGGUCGCCUCUCGCGCGGGCCGGAGACCUUUGUGGCUGUCAAAGUCGAGGACGCCGUCGUCGCGCGCACCAAAACGUCCAGAAACGACCGCUGGGACGCUGAAUAUCACACACUUGACGUGGACAAGGCCAACGAGAUCGAGUUGACCGUCUACGAUAAACCCAGUGAACACCCGAUGCCUAUUGGCUUGCUGUGGAUCCGCAUUUCCGACAUUGUCGAAGAGAUGCGUCGAAAGAGAAUCGAGGCCGAAAUGAACAGCUCCGGCUGGGUAUCCGCCGACCAAAUGGGAAGCCCUUCGUCGCCGCAAGGGCAGUUUCCGACAAGUCCAUCCCAAGGCGGCGGUCGCGGCCCAAGCUUCGGCCCUGAUCCCAGCAGAUACAGCGGGGGACCUCCUCCCCACGUUCCCCAGCCGCAGAUUAACACGGGACCAAUCGAUGCCUGGUUCAACCUGGAGCCGACCGGGCAGAUUCAACUCCAGAUGAGUUUUGUCAAGCAAAACAAGGACCGACGUCCGGUGGAUGUUGGUCUAGGUCGGAAAGGCGCCGUUCGACAGCGCAAAGAGGAGGUACAUGAGAUGUAUGGGCACAAGUUCGUCCAGCACCAGUUCUACAACAUCAUGCGGUGCGCUCUUUGCGGCGAUUUUCUCAAGUACUCGGCCGGGAUGCAGUGUGAAGACUGCAAAUACACCUGCCACACCAAGUGCUAUUCAAGCGUCGUCACCAAAUGUAUCAGCAAGAGCAAUGCUGAGACGGAUCCGGAUGAGGAGAAGAUCAAUCAUCGUAUACCCCACAGGUUCCAACCGUAUUCUAACAUGACGGCCAAUUGGUGUUGCCACUGUGGCUACAUCUUGCCGUUUGGUAAGAAGAACUGCCGGAAAUGCUCAGAAUGCGGGCUCACCUGCCAUGCUCACUGCGCUCAUUUGGUGCCCGAUUUCUGCGGCAUGUCCAUGGCGGUGGCAACUCAAAUUCGGGAAGGCAUUCGCACACAAAAGCAGAGACAAGCCAAGGCAACGUCCAUGUCGGACAGGACACUGCGCCCUGGCGGAAGCAGAUCCAGUCCGAUGGACACGGUGCUUCCGUCUGCAACUCCGUACUCUGGCAGUUCCAUUUCGCAAGCGACCCCCGCGUCCCCCGAGGCGACGGAAGCCGCCAAAAUCAUGUACGGCAAUCAACAACCACCCACGUCGCCAACGCAGCAACGGCCUCCGGCACCGAAUCGGGAACCUUCGAGCAAUGCCGCCGCCGCCGCCGCCGCCGCCGCUGCCGCCGCCGCCAUGUCCGGCUCCUCGGCAAGCCAAGGACAGCGACAGUCUGACUAUGGCCGGUAUGGUGGUUAUGAUCAGCAGCAGCAAUCCGGGGAUGCCUACGCCAACCAAUACAGUGCUCAGCCCCAGCAACGGCGAUACAACCCUGCGGAUUAUGCUCCUGUCAGCCAAGGAUAUGCUGCGCAAGUCGCCGCCCAGGCUAGACCACCUGUUCAGCAGCAGCAGCAGGUGCCGCCGCUCUCACAGCAAAACUAUCCAUCCGGCGCUCCUGUACCGAAGCCGGAGUCUGCCGUGGCUCAACGACCGCAGUCAGGUGUCAUGGCUGGUCAACGAAAGCAGCUUCCUCUACACACCGAUCCUGGUACUGGUCAGCGUAUUGGAUUGGAUCACUUCAAUUUCCUCGCAGUGCUGGGCAAAGGCAACUUUGGCAAGGUGAUGCUGGCGGAGACCAAGCGUACACGGAAACUUUACGCCAUCAAAGUGCUCAAGAAAGAAUUCAUCAUUGAUAACGAUGAAGUGGAAAGCAUCCGAUCGGAGAAGCGAGUCUUUGUCAUUGCAAACAAGGAGCGACAUCCGUUCCUGACCAAUCUACAUGCCUGUUUCCAGACGGAGACGCGAGUUUAUUUUGUCAUGGAGUAUGUCAGCGGUGGUGACCUGAUGCUUCACAUCCAACGAGGACAGUUUGGCACAAAGCGAGCGCAAUUCUAUGCCGCAGAGGUGUGCCUUGCGUUGAAGUAUUUCCACGAAAACGGUGUCGUUUAUCGGGAUCUGAAGCUCGACAACAUCAUGCUGACCCUUGACGGUCACAUCAAGGUUGCUGAUUACGGUCUGUGCAAGGAGGAUAUGUGGUACGGGUCUACCACUAGCACUUUCUGCGGUACUCCGGAAUUCAUGGCGCCAGAAAUCCUCCUGGACAAGAAAUAUGGCCGAGCGGUGGAUUGGUGGGCCUUUGGUGUACUGAUCUACCAGAUGCUGCUGCAGCAGUCCCCUUUCCGCGGGGAGGAUGAGGAUGAAAUCUACGACGCCAUCUUGGCUGACGAGCCGCUGUACCCUAUCCACAUGCCGCGAGACUCGGUUUCGAUUCUGCAGAAACUGCUUACCCGUGAACCUGAACAGCGCCUCGGCAGUGGACCUACGGAUGCGCAAGAGGUCAUGAGCCAGCCAUUCUUUCGGAACAUCAACUGGGACGACAUUUAUCACAAACGAGUCGAGCCACCCUUCAAACCAACGAUAAAGAACGCAACGGACACGAGCAACUUUGAUUCCGAAUUCACCAGCGUGACCCCGGUUCUUACACCUGUGCAGUCGGUUCUCUCCCAGGCCAUGCAGGAAGAAUUCCGUGGCUUCUCGUACACGGCAGACUUUGAAUGA